AUGGCACAUAGUGGAAACGGAGCAGCAUGUGAGAGUGAAGUUACAUCACUUGGUACCGGACAAGAGCUGAACUUUGAUGAUGACACACUGAAAGGUAAAGAUUCUUACAACUGUUAAUAGUGUAUCACCAAAAGGCCUCUAAUAUAGCAAACUAAGGACAUAUAAAAUAAAAUUUAAAAAAAGACAAAAACCCGUCAUUUGAAAACAUUCAACAUACGGAAGUGGUUAAAGAGUCAAAGUCGACAGUAUCUCUCCUAAAAGUGGGUUUUUCAUUUUCUUUUUUUUUUUCUAGAUUAGGCUUUUCGUAGAAUUUGUGGUCGAAUUUAUCACUUGUGGCAUAAUGAAUGGUUGUUUUGGUACUAGUGCUUUAUAUACAAGUAAAGCUAGUGUCAAUUUACAGCGUUAUACUAAUUUUUCCAGAUCAAACCAUUAUGGCACAGAGUGGAAACGGAGCAGCAAGUGAGGGUGAUGUAACAUCACUUAGUACCGGACAAGAACUGAACUUUGAUGAUGACACACAGAAAGGUAAAGAUUCUUACAACUGUUAA